UCGUUGGGAUAGGCAUGAAAUAAAGGCACACACUUUGACCAAAAUUCUGAGCGUGCAGUUGGAGAUCUCAGGAACUUUAAGGAAACAGAACGCUGCAAAAUGUUGGUGAAUUAUUGGAACUCUGCUGCUCACAAUGAGAACUCUUCUAGAAUCAUCCGAGUUGGAACAAGAAAGAGCCAGCUUGCUCGGACUCAGACUGGCUUCGUGACAGACAUGCUGAAGCAAUGUUAUCCAAACACGCAACUUGAAAUCAUUGCUAUGACAACCACUGGGGACAAAAUUUUGGAUACAGCGCUCUCAAAGAUUGGAGAGAAGAGCCUGUUCACAAAGGAGCUGGAAACUGCAUUGGAGAAAAAUGAAGUUGACCUGGUAGUUCACUCUCUAAAAGAUCUGCCAACUACACUCCCUCCAGGGUUUACAAUUGGAGCCAUCUGCAAACGUGAAAUUCCCUUUGAUGCUGUUGUUCUGCACCCGAGCCAUGCAGAUAAAUCCCUGGACACUCUGCCGGGGAGAAGUAUAGUGGGAACUAGUUCCCUACGACGAGCUGCGCAGCUAAGACGGAGAUUUCCUCACCUGGAAUUCAAGGAUAUUCGAGGCAAUUUGAAUACUCGGUUAAAGAAGCUUGAUGAGAAAAAUGAUUACAGUGCUAUUGUACUAGCAGCAGCUGGACUGCGAAGAAUGGGAUGGGAGAAUCGGAUCAGUCAGAUUCUACAGCCUGAAGAUUGUAUGUAUGCUGUGGGUCAGGGUGCCUUAGGUGUAGAAGUGAGAAUGAAUGACACUGCUGUCCUGGACAUGGUUUCUGCUCUCAAUGACACUGAAACGGUCCUGCGCUGUAUUGCUGAGCGUUCCUUCAUGAAGCACCUGGAGGGAGGCUGCAGUGUUCCUGUUGCUGUUCACAGUGCCGUUAAUGAAAACCAGCUCUACCUCACAGGGGCUGUGUACAGUCUUGAUGGAUCUGACAGUUUGAAAGAGACUAUGCAAACAAGUAUAUCACCUCAAACCCAGGAUGAAGAUCGCGGUGAUGACGAUGUUCAGCACGCUGGGGUCACAGCAAAGAAAAUACCUCAGCACUCGCAGAUAGCAGCUGAGAAAUUAGGAAUACAUUUGGCUAACCUACUGCUGAGCAAAGGUGCCAAGGAAAUCCUGACUGUCGCUAGGCAGCUGAAUGAUGCGAGAUAAUACUCUAGUUUUAUGCUGAAUGUCGUUAUUUAGGUGUUUAUAAUAUUAUAAAUACACAGUAACCAAAGGUAAUGAGCAAUACCCCUAUUGAGUGGCUUAUACAUCCCAUUUACAUUCCCCAUUCUAUUCUCCCCUGACUUGCUUCUAACUUUUGCUUUGAAGAAUGUGUUAUUUACCGACUAACCUUUAUCAAACAUUUGGAGACUGCCGCAGGGUUUCUGUAAAGCUGAUUUAAUCUCCAUAGCUCCGUGCUCUCUCUGUGCCACGUGCUUAGAGUCUUGAGCACUGUAGCAGCUGGAAUCAAAACCUCAUUUGAAAAGUGCAAUUCAAAGUUGCUUAAUUUGAAUGAUCUGUUAAUUCAAAUUGAAAUCAUGCUUCUUUUUUUAAAAAAGAAACACCCUCGAAUGCUGUUGUAUUUAGUUUAUUGUACUGAAUCAGUUGAUACCUUUCUUGAGCCAGAGCCAGCCUUGAAUGAACAAGGCUAGGAAGUGACAUUAGAAGCAACCUCCUUGCUGCACUAUGACAGCAUGGCUUGCUUUGGAACUAGUCUGUUUUCCUCUCCAUUCUAACUCCCAACAGAUGAUGGAAUUCCAAUGAGACUAAUAUUAUUGCAGCCUUCCCCAUUCAUACACAAACACCCCCACCCCCACGAAGAAGGAGGGGCUGUUUACUGAAUUGCACUAGCCUGAUAUCAAUUGCUGAUACUCAAGGCUGUUAGGUUGUACUGAUUGCUGGUGUUUUUGGACUUUCAUGGCAACAGAGCGUUUACUUGGAAACAUUGCACAAGAAAAUCUUCAAUUUUUUUCUCCCCUUCUGUACACCCUCUAAAGUUUGCUGUUUGGGAAGUGCAAAUUGUGGUUCUUUCACAAGGUGGUGUGCAGUUGAGUAAUUUGAGUGACUCUGAGGCAGCUGUUAGAGAAUGUUUGAGAGACAAAGCAGCCCCAGAGAGGCAGUAAAUGUCUGUCUCUAUUCGCAUCGAGCACAAGGGACAUGUCUGAGAAAUUCUCCAUAAAAUUAUAUUUGUUAGAUUUUUUUAAAGGUAAAUGGUUUUAUUUCUGCCAGUAAGCUUGGUUAUUGUUUUAAUCCUCUAAAAGUACAUAUAGAAUAUAGAAUGUUCCAGUGCAGUUCAGGCCCUUCGGUCCUCAAUGUUGCACUGACCUGUGGAACCAAUCUGAAGCCCAUCUAACCUACACUAUUCCAUUCUCGUCCAUAUGUCUAUCCAAUGACCAUUUAAAUACCCUUACAGUUGGUGAGUCUACUACUGUUGCAGGCAGGGUGUUCCACACCCAUACAACCCUCUGAGUAAAGAAACUACCUCUGACAUCUGUCCCAUAUCUAUCACCACCACCCCCCCAAGUUUAAAGCUAUGUCCCCUCAUGCUAGCCAUCACCAUCAAAGUUAAAAGGCUCUCACUGUCUGACCUAUCUAACCCUCUGAUUAUCUUACAUGGCUCAAUUAAGUUGCUUCUCAACCUUUUACUCUCUAACAAAAACAGCAUCAAGUCCCUUUUCAGCAAAACCUAUUUCUGAAGAUGAUUCGCACAGUGGAACAUACCAGUUAUUCGGCAAUGAGUGCCAUCACAGCUGAGCUCGAUGUUUGGUCUUGUUGGUGUUUGUGUUCUUGGAGCUCCCAGCUGAGGUGACUGAUCGCGAUCAUCCGCCUCUGCCCACACCUUCCAAAGGGGAGAGGCCGAGAGACCAGUUAGACAGCCAGAAUGUGGCCUUGGCAAACAUAUAGAGUAGGAGAGAUACAACAAACUCCUUCCUCAAUAUCAAACCCCAAGGUGUGGUCAUCACCUGACACUUUGGGACAUUUUGAAUUCUGAGUGGGUAGCACUCACUGUCAUCACCAGAAGGCAGUGAGUUUAAGUCUCACUCCAGACCAUUGAGCUCAAAAUGUGACGUAGUGCCUGUGCAGUCCUGACAGGAUGCUAUACUGUUGGUGAUGCCACCUCUCAGGUGAAACAUUCAAGUGAGAGGUCUCCUUUGGUAGACUGAGAAGUUGGGUAUGUUUUUAAAAACUAGAUCAGCAGAAAUCUCAAUUUAUCGAUUUGGGUGUGAGCUACAUCUGACUGCGCACACAGUCAAGUUCUGAUAAUGGUACGGCGUGGGACUGAUUGAGUGCAAUUGCAGAAUGUGAUCCUCAAAUCUCAUUUUUUUGAAAGUCUGGGUUUUUGAUGAAAUGUAAUUAGACUUGAUGCUGAUCAGGUUGGAAUAUCCUCAAUCAUCCAGUUUUUUUCCAAGCCAAAUGAUAGAAUAAUGUCUCUUCUAAAGCAGUAAAUGAUUCAAAGUACAGGGGGAGUUCAUUCACUGUAGAUGUAUAGCAACCAUCUGCUCAUGAUGAAUCUGCAGUGUUUACCUGAGGGAUGCUGUAAUUCACGAUCACCUUCAACUAUGGUGAUUUUCUUUUUAAAUCAACUUUUUUUAAAAAAAGUCUCCGAGAUGCCUGUGAGCCACAUUAGCCAUUGUGCUGCUCAGACAGACAGUGGGAACGUUCUAGCUCCAUCUGUGUCCACCUGUGACAAAGCAUUCAUUAAAUUUUGUUCCCACUUCUCCUUGCCAUCACCAGUCCUACAUAUCUUAAUCGUCAUGCAAUGUGGGUAAGAGUGAUGGAGCCACAAUUAUUUUGCUUGCUAAAAACGGUCAGGUCAAAUGAAGGAUUCUUGGAGGCCUCCCGAGCAGGGUCUGGGUGAUUAGCCUCCCUUUUCAUCCUGCCCAAUGCUGUGGAUUCCCCCGUGCUGUGUUUAUUAUCCCUGGUAUUCACUCUGCUUCAGUAAGUAUCCUGUGGGAUGGAUGUUGAGCUGCAGGAUUGAAGGUGAAAUGAUGCGGCACAAAGACAGAGCCAGGUACCACAGCUGUAAACAAAGAUAAAGUUCUGCAUAAAGCCAGCAGCAGGACUGAUAAUUAAACAAAUGUUACUGCUCCUCUUAUUUAAUUAUUAAUUAAUUCCAUUAAUUAUCUGCACUGUCAUUGGCCAGGGACCAUUGUGUGGAAAUCCUAAAUAAAACGGAGCCCCAAUUUUAAAGAAGAUAACACAAAGUGCCCUUUGAACUGAGUCAGAAAUACUGACACUGAUCCUCCAGUCUCAGGCUCCGAGUCCCUCAUCAGCUCCUGGAUCGAGAGCAGGGUAAUGUAAUCAAACUCAUUUAUUUAAGAGGAGGACCUUGUGAAAGGAAGAAUGAAAUCUCUGGUCCAGGGCAGUCUUUGUAUAAUCACGUUUUGGAUGAUGAGGGUUUUUACUGCUGUCUUGGAUGCGACAGUCUGGUAUAGCUUGGAGUGGAGUGUCUGUGAUUAGCAUUUUGUCUCUUGCAAUAAUGUCCGAAUAAACAAAGUAACAAAGUG